GGGGUCCUCAUAGCGCGGUGUGUGCACAGACCAUAGGCACAGGCAGUAAAAGAAGUCGCGGUUAAGUUGAGCCACUGAGUUAGCUGGUGAACAAUCUAAUAUUUUCAACAUGUCUGGGAGAGAAGGAGGAAAAAAGAAGCCUCUGAAGGCACCCAAGAAAAACGCGAAAGAGAUGGAUGAUGAUGACAUGGCCUUCAAGCAGAAACAGAAGGAGGAUCAGAAGGCUAUGGAGGCCUUGAAGGCCAAGGCUUCAGGAAAAGGACCUUUAACUGGUGGAGGAAUCAAGAAGUCUGGGAAGAAAUGAAGCACUGUAAAGACCUCGUUACAAACCUGGGGAAUACCUCAGAAAUGUCCCCCUUUUUAUUUGGGUCCAGAUUUGGAAUAUUUUUAAUACACAUAACAGGAUGACUUCAUGUCUCUUGUGAAGAGAGAAAAUUAAAAAUAAAUGUCUUGGCAUCUAGUGAAACUUCA